ACUCGUCUCUGCCAAACCGUAGCCAUUUUCCAAUGGCGGCUCUAACCCGCCUGGCUAAGCCCUCCUCGUUCGCAUCGCGCUCACCUAUCUCGUAUCUCAGCCGGUGCUUAUACUCCGGCGUAGCCUCCGAGUCCAGCUCCCACGCCGCGUCGUACCCGCACUUGGGCCGCAAGCCCAGUCGCGUGGUCAACGAUCCGAAUAACCGGAGCGUCCAGUGGGUCUUCCUGGGCUCGCCGGGAGUCGGAAAAGGGACAUACGCUAGCCGGUUAUCGAAUCUCCUCGGCGUGCCUCAUAUCGCUACCGGAGAUCUCGUCCGCGAAGAACUCGCUGCCUCUGGUCCUCUCUCUCAACAGUUAUCGGAGAUCGUGAAUCAGGGGAAGCUGGUUUCAGAUGAGAUUAUAAUAAACUUGCUCUCCAAAAGAUUGGAGGCUGGAGAAGCUAAGGGCGAGCUAGGUUUUAUUCUCGAUGGUUUCCCGCGAACCAUGAGACAAGCGGAAAUAUUGGAAGGAGUGACAGAUAUUGACCUAGUGCUGAAUCUAAAGCUCCGGGAAGAUGUGUUGCUUGAGAAAUGCCUAGGUAGGCGAACCUGUGGUCAGUGCGGUGGAAAUUUUAAUGUGGCAUCAAUUAAUGUCAAGGGCUUGAAUGGGAGUCCCGCGAUUAGCAUGGCUCCGCUUCUGCCCCCGCAGCAUUGUAUGUCAAAGCUUGUUACUCGGGCAGAUGAUACUGAGGAAGUGAUUAAGCAUCGGAUUGAUAUAUACAAUGAGAAGAGUCGGCCUGUUGAAGAAUUCUACCGUAGUAGGGGAAAAUUGUUGGAGUUUGAUUUGCCUGGAGGGAUCCCAGAGUCUUGGCCGAAGUUACUUGAAGUUCUUGAUCGUGAUGACUACAUGGAACAGCAAUCUGCUGCAGCGUAAUUUUAUACUUACCAUUUAAAGGUGAUUAUACCCAGAGGUGUGCACUGGGAUCUUUUUGGUUGAGAGACAAUCUAUUUACUAACAAUUUUGUGGCAGCAAUAAGCCUUAGUGAAGGACGCUGGAUGAUUAUCCUCCAUAGUUGUAACUUAUAGACUUAUAGUUGAUCAAUAUAUUGCAUCUUGUGGGGAUCAGUUCCCCUCGAUAAAACUUGUUCGUCCUAAAUAGCCUUCAUGUGGAACUUCCAAUUUAAAUAUUGUGUGUAUGAUGUAGCAGUCAGCAAAGUAUGGUAUUCAUCAUUGGAUAUAUAGUUUUAUUCAGUGAUUAGAUAUAUAGUCAUUAGUCUAUUGUGUA